AUGCCGACUAGCCAUUUUCCAGAUGCUGGCAGCUUCCAACGCCAGAGCGAUGAGUUCGCUGCGUGGCUCUCGCAGCAACCGGGGGUGAAGCUGAGUCCAAAGAUUCGGAUUUCAGACUUGAGGGCCCAGGGGUCUGGUAGAGGCGUUGGUAUGUUUGCACUUCCUCUCUUAGUCGCCAGCUCCGACAUCGAAGAAGGAGAAGAGCUGUUCUCCAUUCCACGCAACAUAAUCCUCACCGUCCAAAACUCGCGUCUCAACAAUCACAUUCCUCAGGAGCUGGCGGAGCUCGGUCCAUGGCUCUCACUCAUCUUAGUGAUGAUCCAUGAGAACUUGCUACGAGACCAAUCUAUUUGGAAGCCGUAUUUCCACGUUCUCCCGACUGAAUUUGACACGUUAAUGUUCUGGACGGGUCAAGAGCUGUCUAGUCUUCAAGCAAGUGCUAUUCUCGACAAAAUUGGCAAGCAGGAAGCGGAACAAUCUAUCCUAGAGACACUUCUACCCGUCGUACGGUCCCAUGCCCACCUCUUCCCAUCUACCCCUGAGAUUCCAUCCUUCGACGGCGAUGCAGGCGCAAGGUCACUUCUCCAAAUGGCACACCGAAUGGGCUCUUUGAUUAUGGCAUAUGCCUUUGAUAUUGAAAAAGGUGAAGAUGAAGAAGAAGCUGGUGAAGAUGGAUAUCUCACAGACGACGAGGAUCAACUGCCAAAAGGCAUGGUGCCUUUGGCAGAUCUUCUCAAUGCCGAUGCAGAUAGGAACAACGCACGACUGUUUCAGGAAGAGACAUCACUCGUUAUGCGAGCCAUCAAGCCCGUCAAGGCUGGAGAUGAGUUGUUUAACGACUACGGCGAGAUCCCACGGGCUGAUCUUCUUCGGAGAUAUGGGUACAUCACUGACAACUACACCAAAUACGACGUUGUUGAAUUGCCUCUACCCCUGAUCUGCCAAGCUGCUGGGCUUGAGGAUGUUGAAAGCAAACCCUAUCCUCAGCUUGAGUUCCUAGAGCAAUUAGAGGUACUCGAAGAUGGCUAUUGUGUUCCGCGAGCCCUGCCAGAUGAGUCACUGCAAGAUAUCUUACCGUAUGAGCUUCUUGUCCUUCUCAAGGUCCUGACUCUUAACGGAGAAGAGCUGCAGCAGCACCAUGAGAAGAACAAGCCUCCGAAACCGUCAUUGGGCAGCCACGAAGCACAGAUUCUUCUCAAUGCAGUGCAGGCGAAAAUGUCUCAAUACGCAACGAGCAUUGAGCAGGAUCUUCAAACGCUGCAACAACUUGCCCCGAUAUCAGGGCUAGAUACUUCUACGCGCCGUCACAAAAUGGCAAUACAGGUCCGCGUCGGGGAAAAGGAAGUACUGCAUCAAUUGUACCUGAUGCUGGCAAGUCUAAUUCCCAGUGAUGCGCAAGCAACAAAGAAACGCGCAGCAGACACAACUCUCCAGGGACUACAACACAAGAAAGGGAGAAAUUAG